AUGUCUGGUGUUCUCGGACCAGCGUCCAUGCCGAGCACCUCUGCUGCUUCACUCGCCAACGACAUUAAUAGUACCAUUUCCACGACUUCUGUCACCUCGUUACUCCCUUCGCCCCGCGAUCUAUUCACCUUCCCCUUUCGCGCGCUCAACCAAGCGGAGACCUUCGCUUUCAGUACCGUUCCCCGGCAUAUCGCGCGGCUGACCGGAAUCAAUGAUAUCACUAUGAGUUUCUGGAGUAGAGGGGCGUCUGCGAUCGGAGAUACUGGGCUAGGAGGCGACGCUAUGGCAGCGGUAGCCGCGAAUACGGCAGGCGAAGGGGUUGCUCAGGCUGUUGGAUAUGGGGAUAGCUGGUAUGUCGCAGAGUUGAUGCAAACGAUGCGGAAAGUCGGCGGAUUCUUUGGGUAUCUGACCAGUAUUUGGUCCUUUGCGUGCCUGGUGGAGGCCUUGGUUCUUAACCGAAUUACCAUCUACGCGUCCACUCGGCGACAUCUUCGACUGGGCUGGGAAAGGCGACUUGCCCUGCGCAUUAUUCCAAUUAUCCUUUUCGUCACUCAGAUUAUGUCUUUGUUACGCGGCAUUCGAUGCCAGUCCUCUCCAAUCUUCCCUGAAAUGCGAUACGGCAAGCCGGGGAAACCACUAAUCUUUGAUUACGCUAGCGGUGGAGGUGCCUUGUAUUCGCUGACCUCGCGCCUAAUGGCCUGGGAGUCUGAUGCGCAGGCCUGCAGUGCUGUGAAGAUGGGACGCCCCUUUGGCAGUCCAGAUGUCCCAUAUGGGUCAUUUUCUCUUCUGUGGCCGGUCUUUUUGCUGCUCUGCCUGAGCCAUUUCAUCGAAACUCUUUCGUGCGCCCUACAGGGUCGGCCCGUCAUGACCGAGACGGGAAUGUCGAUCUUCGAGCACUCUCUUGCCUUUGCCGAAGCCGAGUCGAUGAUCGGCAAGUCUAUUGGGCUCGGGCUGUUUGGUCUUGCCAAGCAAAGUCCAUUGGCUGAAGGAUCAUCGUCAGAGAGUUCCGGUUCUGCUCUUCAGCUUCUCACUAGAUCGCAAGUCCUGGAGCGAAUGAACGUCACUCCAGAGCUGCUGCUCAUUGUCUUGAUUUCGUGUUGCAACAGUCUCUCUUCCCACAUUCUCGACGUUUUUGGCAAACAGAGUCGAUACCGCCUGUUCAAUACUGCCUUUUGGGGUCUCUGCUUUAUGAUUGCCAUGUGCUGGGGUUUGGAGAGUGGUCCUCCCGUGAGCACGGAGACAGGAGUUCUGAAAUUCCCGACCGUGUGCAUUGUCGGUUUCAUUCCUCAUCUUCUCGUUCUCUUCGGGAUUCUCACCUGCCUUGCCAUCUACGGCAUUGCUUUGGUCAUCACUGCUUUCUCUUUACCUUUCGAAGAGGGGCAAUCCGUCUCAUUCCGAGAACGAUUCGCGCUGGCCCACGAGAAUAUGCAAGGCUCCAAUCAGAUACGAAGCAUUCGUGUCAAUAGACAUGAGGACUUCUAUACAACGUUACUUCGCGUUGGCUACGUUGCUCUCACAGCUGCCAGCGAGGCGGUUUUCUUGAACGAAGGCAAAGCAGUCAUCGCUAGACAGAUGACCUGGCUGGAGAGAGACCGACUUGCAGAGAUUGAAGCCUCUCGAGAACGAAACUCAUCCUACCGUAACUCACCUAAUCAAUUCGAUGGCCCACAAUUCGAAGCCGUAGGAUUCGGCAGUUUCGAGUUGCCUGAACAGACUACUGCAUGGGAGAGUGGCUACAGCCGCGAAAAGAAGCUCGAGAAACCCAAGAAUGGAUCUCGACAGGUGCGACCCCAAGCUGAACUGGGCGGUGUGGGUGCAGUGCGAGCGUCAGUUCGAUUGUAUCAUUGUCUCUCUUUCUUCCGUGCAAUCGGCUUGCUCAUUCUACGAUGGAUCACGUAUGGAUUCAGCCGUAUCCUUGAUCGGCUGGGCAUCAGUGCUCGCCCACUGUGGCUGAAGCGCCUGUCUGGAACGCACAAGGACAAGGCAGUUCCCAAGAAGACCACACCGUCGGGCCCGGUCGACUUUUGGGUUCUUACAGACGAUGGAGAGUUGGAGCUUCCCGAAGACCACGAGUUCGAUGUCGAGUUGGAGAUGCAGAAACAAGAACGCUCCUACCCACAGAACUGGGAGGCAGCCGACGAGCGCCGACUGGAUGAAAAGCUCUAUGCUUGGUGGAAAGUAGGAGGAUCCUGGGGAAACCAGGAUCAUACACCUGAUUACAACCCGCCUGCGAACGACGACGACACAACGAGUGUCAUAUCCAUGUCCACAUAUGCAUCGGAGUCAGAAUGGGAAGAUGACCCAUCUGACGGACGUCGGACACCAACCCAGUCUAACCCAUAUCCUCAAUUCUCUCGCGAAAGCACCCCCGCUCAAGAUCCGUUGAUGGAUAUGAGCACAUUUGCCCGCCUCCUUGACCCCCGCGACCGCGAGAGCAGGGAAGAAGCCCGUAUUCUCGCAGCGCACCUCAGUCCUAAUCGAGACUCCGACCGGAUCAUGACUCGCAGUCAAUACCGACAACAAGUUGAAAAGGAUAGGUCCCGUGUUCUCCUGUCCUCUCGUCUGCAUCAUCACGCAGCUGCUACACAGUCUAGUAGCGAGACACGAAAACCAUCGGCUGACGAAGAAACCGAGAUGCUGGAGCGUCUGAUUCUCUCACGUCGCUCGGAGAUGUCUUUCAGCUCGGACCCAAACACGUGGGAAUCCGGGGCGACGGGUCUUGGCCCGAAUGGACCACCCUGUGUCGUAUGUCAGACAAACCCACGGUCCAUCAUUACCUGGCCCUGUCGUUGUCUAUGCAUUUGCGAAGACUGCCGUGUUAGCCUUGCUAUGAAUAACUUCGGCAGCUGUGUGACCUGUCGACAGGAGGUUGGCGGCUUUAUGCGACUAUGGGUUCCAUAA